AUGGCUUCUGAAUCUGAUGGUGGGUAUUUGGUAGACUGGUGGUAUAUGGACAAUAGUUGCUCAAAUUACUUAACUGGAAACAAACAAUGGCUGAUUAAUUUUGACUCAAGAAAGAGGACAAAAAUCAGAUAUGCUGAUGAUAAGUAUCUGAAUGCUGAAGGAAUGGGAAAUGUCAAGGUCAGAGUGAAGAAUGGAAAAAUUGUUCUUAUCAAGGAUGUUUGGGUGAAAGCUGAAAAGCAAAGUGGUCAGAAGCUGAAAACUCUCAGAACUAAUGGUGGAGGUGAGUAUAACUCUACAGAGUUCAGAAAGUUCUGUAAGGAGAAUGUAAUUGAGCAUGAGGUUACGAUGCCACACACUCCUCAACACAAUGGUCUUGCUAAAAGAAGAAACAUAAUUUUGCUUGAUACGAAGGAGCAUGUUGAAGGAGAAGAAGCUCCCUCACGCCUUACAGGGAGAAACUUUGAAGGAGAAUAUGCCUCUGAAGAAGACUUUUCCUCUAAAGAUGAGUCAGAGUCUGAAGGUGACUCUGAGGAUGAAGAAGAGUCUGAAGGAGAAUCUAACUCUGAAGGUGAAUUUGAUUCUGAUCCAGAUUCUGAUGAUGAUCUAGAAUCUGGUGGUAAUCAUGACUCUGAAAGUGGUCUGACCUCUGAAGGUAGUCCAUCAUCUGAUAAUGUUCCAACAUCUGAAGAAGAUUCUGAACAAGUUCAGAGACCACAAACAAUUAGACAAAUACCAAUAAGAUUUGUAGAGUUUGACAUGUUGCAAGAUACUGAGAUAUACUCUGAAAGGGAAGUCAUUCAGUGUGCCAUGUUCGUAUACUCUAAACCAGUCAGUACUGAAGAAGCUCUCAAGAAGAAAGUGUGGUUGAAGUCCAUGAAACAAGAACUUGAGGGUAUAUAA